GAUGGCUACUGUUACCUUUUACCGGGAAUAAAGUGAAUAUUGUGGCGAUUGUAUCUAUGUGUGGGGUCUUGUAGUGUAAUGAUGUGACCUGGGUGAAAUUGUGGUAAAAUAACUAAGAUAUUGUGACGAGACAAACACAUUUAGGGUCGGUGGUCGGCGCCUGAGUACCUGGAAGGCGGGAUUAGUUUUGUUUGGCCGUAAAGUUUAUGAAGCACUUGUGUCCAGCUCUUGGUUGACCUUAUUAGAAACGAAAUAAAAGUGAAAUACAGAUGAGAGAGCUAGAGCAAGGUUGAGGUGCUCUGGUGGCCGUAAUUUAAGCAGUUCUACUUGGUGUCAUCACUCCUCAGAUGUCAUCCCAGCCAGGAAACAAGUAGGACUUCUUGAGUUAUAAAUUUUAGCUCAUUGACAUGGUGGGCAUGCCCAAGCGCAAGAGACAAGAAGGAGAUGAGGGGGGAGGUGUAAUGUCUACUCCUGUUGUGGAGGGACGACCAAAAAGGCGGAGAAAUGACACAACUCUUGUGAGUGAUUAUGUCGACACCAUACAAUAUAUAUUUGAUGCAUUGAGGAACAAGAAGAAGGAUGAUGACACCUACCUGUGUGAAGCAUUCCUACGUGUGCCACGAAAGAAAACAGAACCUCAGUACUAUGACAUGAUUAAAAUACCAAUUGAUAUGCUCAAAAUCCAGCAGAAGAUUAAAACAGAUGUUUAUAAUGAGUUGGAGGAAUUCUGCAAAGAUGUGCAGUUGUUGGUGGACAAUGCAAAGCUUUACUAUGCCAAGUCAACAGAGGAGUACAAAGAUGCCUGUGAGUUGUGGGCCAUCUUCAUGGUGGCCAAGGACCGAGCACCAGAGGAGAUCAAUAAGGAAAAAAUUAGGCAACAGCAACUGGAGGAGGAGGAACGCCAUGGCAAGAGGCGUGGACGACCACCCAAGACAGCAUUGGCAAUGUCAGCACCUAUGAUCUUAGAAGAGGAUGGUGUACCUAUGACAAUGGAAGAUGCUGUAGAAGAACUCUUUGGGGCUGUCAUGACUGCCAUGGACCCUGAAGGUCGUCUUUAUUCUUAUGACUUCCGGUUUCUACCCUCAAGGGCUAAAUACCCAGAUUACUACCAGCUGAUUGACCACCCAAUUGACCUAAAAACCAUCGCACAACGCAUUGUAGCAAAACAAUACAAAAAUGUUGAUGAUGUUGAGGAUGAUUUUGUUCUUCUGUUCAACAAUGCAUGUGCCUUCAACGAGCCUGGCUCCCGCAUUUUCAAGGAUGCUCGUACCCUUAAGAAACUGGCCCAGCUACGUAAAGGUGACCUGCUUCAGAUUCUCAAUGCUAAGAAGAGUGUUCGACUCAGAAGUAAAAGAAGUGUCAACAACAAGCAGUGGUCAGUGUUGAUGGCAGAGCUGGAGGAAGGGAUGGAGUUGCCACUGCCUGAGGAGGACAGCGGGGGGACGGAGAUGCCCCUCGGAACUACACAUGAUGAUGAGGAAAGUGAUGAGGAUGUGGACCCGGACAACCCUCAGUGGCAGCUCUUCCUAGCUGCCAAGAAUCUCUCAGCUCCCAAUGAUGUAAAUGGAUAUCACCAACAAAAAUUAAUAUCUUUUAUUGUAGAUUCCAAUUACCAACUUGUCGAGCCUUUCAAACGCCUCCCCAAUAGACGAUGGCAUGCUGAUUACUACAUAGAAAUCAAGAACCCCAUCUCUAUGUCACAGAUCAGGAAGAAAAUUGUGAAAGGGGAGUACCGCUUUAUAUCAGAAAUGCUAGAUGACUUCAACCUGAUGUUUGACAAUGCACAACAGUACAACCGGCCAGACUCCAGGAUAUAUCGUGAUGCUGUGAAACUCCAGAAGUACAUACAGAACAAAGCAGAAGAGAUUAUGUCAAUUGAUGAAGAGGACUCAGACAGCUACAGCGAUGAUGAUGACUCCCAGUCUCACAGCAGACGUCGUCUGGGCCGUCCUCCCAGACCACUGACAUUUAAACGUCGAGCAAAGAUCCUGUUUAAGACCCUGAUGGAUUACAUGACAGACGAUGGACGCCAGCCUAUUGUUGCCUUUAUUGAAAAACCAGCCAAGAGGGAUUACCCAGACUAUUAUGAGGUGAUUACUCAGCCUAUAGAUAUGGAGACCAUCGAAGGCAAGAUCAAGGGGGACAGAUACUCCAGUGAGGAGGAGCUCAUUGGAGACUUCAAGCUUAUGUUCCACAACUGCCAAAAGUACAAUGAAGAAGGAUCUGUCAUAUACACUGAUGCUACAAUUUUGGAGAAAGUACUAAAUGAGAAGAUCAAGGAGCUAAACCAAGGAGAUGGCAGUGUAGUUAAGGGGAAGGUUUUUAAGCGCACUAAAUUUAACUCUUACGUAUGCAACUCCAAAACCAUUAAACUUCUCUACAAUGCUGUACGUGAAUACCGGGACGCCGAAGGGCGACAAUUAUCAGAAGUCUUCCUUAAGCUGCCGUCCAAGGCUCUCUAUCCUGAUUAUUAUGAGGUAAUAAAACUGCCAAUUGAUCUUGAACGAAUUCUGCACAAGUGGAAAAAUGGAAUGUAUAUAACCCUUGAUGACAUCAUGGGGGAUUUGACGCUCAUGUUCCAGAAUGCUUGCCGGUACAAUGAACCCGACUCCCAGAUCUACCGAGAUGCUCUCUCUUUGCAACGCCAUGCCUUGGAGAAACGAUUGGAGUUGAGUAGCUCUGAAGCUGUUCCCAAUGUUAGUGCUCUGGUUCAGGAGUUGUUCAUGUCACUUUUCAUCAGUGUGUUCAACCAUGAGGAAGAAGAUGGUCGAUAUACAGCAGAAUCAUUCUUUGAGUUACCUGACUAUGAAGAGGUUGAUGGUAAAAAAUCAAGAGUACUGUCUUUCGACAUAAUGAAGAGGCGCCUCGACAAAAAUAUGUACUCCCGCCUUGAUCACUUCCAAGAGGACCUGUUUUCCAUAUUUGAACGAGCUCGGAGGUGUUCCAAAGUGGACUCCCGAGUAUUUUUGGAUUCCAUAACGCUUCAGACAGAAUAUAUGAGAUUAAGAGAUGAAUUGUGCAAUAAUGGAGCGAUUCUUCAAUCAAAAGCCUUGUCCUACACCGAGGUGGAGUUGAACAACCAACUGGAACUUAUGCGGAACCGUCGAGGGUUAGAACAGGAAGGAGAGGAUGAGGAUUCUAAGCCUCCACCACAGCCCACUGAUGGAACAAACAACAGCAGCUUAAGCCACAAUGAAGUUCAGUACUUUGUAGGAGAUUUUGUAUACCUGUCUCCCCCAGAAAAGAACUGUGACUACCCCAUCCUACACAUAGAGCGGUUGUGGACUAACAGUGAGGGCCGACAAAUGGUGUAUGGCUGUAAUUACUAUAGACCAGCAGAAACUUUUCAUCAACCCAACCGCAAAUUCUUUGAACAGGAGGUGUUUAAAACAGACCAACAUCAUGCAUACCCACUUACUGAGGUAAUAGGAAAGUGCUAUGUACUGCCAUUAGUUGACUACAUCAAGAUGAAACCAGAAGGUGUGGACGAAAAGGACUUGUUUGUGUGUGAGUCUCGCUACAACAGUCGAAACAGAUUCUUCAAAAAGAUCAAGUCCUUUCCAUUCAAUGUGGGAGAACGCGUCAAGUUACUGGAAAGACCAGAACCUCUGGAGAUGAAGCGUGUGGACUCGGUGUUCAAGGAGAGGAUAGAACGUCAUAAGGAAGAGCUGGCAGAGCUAGAUGAGGAGACCAAGGUUAUCCGUCGCCAAUUACCGAAUGUAGUGAAAUCCCAGGCAGAAGGAGUGCCAGGUGGUCACACGUACUAUGAACAGUACAAUAUUUCCUCGGGUGCUGUCAAGCUUGGAGACUACGUGCAUGUCAAGGGACGAGAUUCAGGCAAGAAGUCGGUCAGACAAAUCUGUCAAUUAUGGGUCACACCUGAGGGGACAGCUUACUUCCUGGGUACAGUGUUCAAAAAUGCAGCACAAAACAACCCAACUGGUGAGCACCUCUUCUACAAGCAGGAAGUUUACCUCACUGCCGGAGUGGAGACCUUACCCAUCUCAGACAUCACUGGCCGCUGUAUUGUCUUCGAUGUCAAAGAAUACUGCACACUACGAUCGACAGAGAUACGUGAAACUGAAGUGUAUAUAUGCGACAGUUUCCUAGAUGAAAUGAUUCAAAGAGUUAGCUCAUUGAUGACUGGCCUGCGCAAGUUUAAACACUCAAACUAUGUCACACAAGAUGAGAUCUACUACUUCCGGAAGCCUCUUAUUCUCCAAAAGUUUGAUCCUUCAAUAUCCUUCCUGAAGAAGCAGCCACAGACCUAUGAAUCAUCACCCAUGACACCACGCAUGGACAUGGAUUAUGAAGACUCCAUGGAUGGGCCCCCACCUUCUGUAGCCUCAGUGGACUCUGGGAUCAUUGCUGGAACCCCUAAGUCUGUCAAGAAACCUCCUACUGGGAAACAAUUUCAGCAAAUGACAGGCAAAAAACAAAUGACAGGAUAUAUUCUGUUUGCUGCAGAAAUUCGAAAAAGCAUAACACUGAAAAACCCCAGUGCUAAUUUUGGGGAAAUAUCUCGCCUCGUGGGGAUUGAGUGGAAACGCCUCACGGAGACUGAUCGCAAGACUCAUGAGGACCGAGCCCAUCAGAUGAAUCUUGAGAGUGCUGAGCGAGCCUUAAGUGGCAAUGGCCCAGAUUCUCCACAGACACCACAGAGUACUCCUCACCAGGUAACAACACCAGAUCUACCUCUGCCUAACAACCCUGAUGUGGUGUUUGAGUGCAUGUGGGAGAGUUGUGACUACAUGUUCGAGGACCUCCUUGACCUCAGUGAUCACCUGAUACUAGAAGCCACAGGUCAUGUCCACAAGGUUACACAAGUGUUUGAGUGUGGCUGGCGCGGUUGUUCACGACACAAGAAGAGUUCUCUUGCACCCUUCCCAAUGGUGCAGCGGCUGGUGAGACAUGUGCGGGAAGUUCACAUACAGAAGAACACUGGCCGCAUCAUACAGCACCAUGACCGCUCUAGAAACUUUGUGGCAUCGUCUCGUCGGUCACUGUUAACUGUGCAGCAGCCAACCCCAGGAGGAACUCCAGCCUCUGGGUUGUACCCUACCACUGGUUCUCCCCAUUCCACAAUCCAUGGACUACUUCAAGGUCGUGGAAGUCCCUACCUUGCAGGGAUGGUGGUGUCCCCUCACUCUGGGCUUAUACCCAGCAGUCAGAUGGGCAAUCUAUCCUAUUCUAUAGGUACCGGUGUGAAUGGCAGUCCAGUUCCCCCAAGGACUUUUGACCCAGUUUUUGUAGCACCUCCCCCCAAGACACAGAGACUUCUUCAUUCAGAAGCCUAUAUCAAAUAUAUUGAAAAUUUGGACAAGCCCUUCCUCAGCAAUUGGGAGAGACAUUUAAUGGCCACUCAAGAAAAUACAGUCAUUAAUGAUUCUGGUCGUCUUCCUGCGCAGUGGCUUGCCAAUGGACCUGGAUCUCAUGGUACUGUUGUUAAUGCUCUGUGGGCUCUCAGGGAGUAUAUGAUGAAGGAUUCCCUGGGCAUUGCUAAAAUUUUGUGACCCGACACAAAGUCAGAAGAUUUGAAGAAGGAAGAGGCAGGUAAACCUAUAAAUCAGAGUCAGACAGCAGUGGUGGCAAUUCUUCCAAAGAACUUUUCCUUCACUGUGUCUACAUCCGUCAAUGAGCUGGGGUGAUUCUCAGGCAUGUGUGGUUUUGUUUAAUGUAAGGGUUUUAAUUUAAUUAUUCAUUAUCGGGUAAAAACCCUAUGUAUAAUAUAGUUCUGAUAGAGCAGCAACCCAAGCCAUGCCUCCACAAUUAUGCAUGACGUAAGGUUUUUCUGUUCCCCUUUUUUUAAAUUGCCAUUCUGUUUAGAAUUUUAAUGUCACAUCAGAAAAAUAUUUUGAUGUGUAAUUUUUUUAGUUCUGCUAAAGGAUACAAAUUUAUUUCAAAGAUAUAUCACAGUGUCAUUUUUAAGCAAAAAUAAUAGCAUUUUAUCCCUUUCUUUAUUUUGGAUUAAUUAUUUCUUCUCUUCUGCAAGGUGAAAUUUUAUUAUUUUGCCAUUUUGAGAAUUUAUAAGUUGUAGGCAAGAUGUGUAUUCAUGAUUACACAUUACCAUUCAUCUAAGUUUCAGGUAACAGUAUAGUAAUUUUGUUUCUCUAAUACUGUUUAUGCCUUCCUGACUUUUGAGUGGCAUUAAAAUACAUUCCUCUUUUUAGGGCAAAAUUUGAAUCAGGUAGUUGUAUAAUGGAAAAUAUUGCAUCUGGGAUGAUCUCAUUUAUCUGAUUGGAAAUAGUGAUAAUGUUACUUGUAAGUUACUUUUCAAAUUGAUGCCUUUUAUGUGCUUCAAGAAAAAAUAUCUGGUACUGCUUACAUCUUUCAAAGAUAUAGUAAAGGAAAAUAUUUACAGUAAAAGUGUCUAGGGAUGCUACUAACUUCCAUUAUAUAUAUAUAUAUAUAUAUAUAUAUAUAUAUAUAUAUAUAUAUAUAUAUAUAUAUAUAUAUAUAUAUAUAUAUAUAUAUAUAUAUAUAUAUAUAUAUAUAUAUAUAUAUAUAUAUAUAUAUAUAUAUAUAUAUAUAUAUAUAUAUAAAAUGGAGUUACAUGUGUACCUGCAGUUGAGUUCAUGCCUGACAGUUAAUUUUUUCCCUUUGAUUUUGUAAACAGUAACAUAGCUUACACUUACUCAAGACUUUGACCACUAUAUGGGGUGUGUUAUUGGAUAGGAUGGUUAAUUUUUUUAGAGAAAUGUUAGUGGGCAUUAAAUCUCAUACAUAAAAGUAUGCAUACUUCACACUGCAAUUUUUCUUAUCUCAUUAAGAAAUUGUAUAAGACCACACUGAAUACAUUUUGUGUUUACAGAGAGAGUUGUAAAUUCAAUUGUGCCAAAAAUAAAUUGUCCAAUAUUUGCAGACAUUUUCAUAUUCAAACUGUGUCUGAAAUUGCACUUUCACUCACGUUAAGAAAUGAAAGUAGAAAUUGGGUUUAUUAAAUUAUUAUUAUUAUAAGCAAACUCUUUCCAGUUUAUAAUAAACUUGAGGGAACUGAGCAUCAAAUCAUAUCCAGUAUUGUUAAAGAGUACUACAAAAAAUGCCUGAUCGAAGGUGGUCUCGUUUCUUACAUCUGUUAGUCUAAGGGAGAAAUACCAAACCAAGUUUUAGAGGAAGCAGUUUGCUCUGUUACAGUAAUGUUCAAUAUCAUCAUCCUAAGAUGUAUGAAAUUCAUUUAAGUAAAAUUGUAUUUUUCAUUGAAUUCUGAAAGGAAUGUUACGAGAGAUAAAGAAGAGACCUUGAACAACACUUAUGCCCAAGACAUACAAUUUAUUGGAAGACUAUUUUUUUACAAUAUAUUUUUAAGCUCUGGUAUAUAAUAUCAGCAUUUUUUUUAACACUUAGCUCGUGCCUUUUAUCUUUUUUUUUCCUGCAUAGGUACAUGAUCAGUAGAGUUAACAGUACAUUUUAAUUUAACUUUAAUGUUGAAGAAGAUUAGCAUGUGCUUUUAAGACUGAUAGUUUAAAAAGUUUAAUAUGCAAUGUGCUUUGUUGCUGUGGGAAUAAAGGUUACACCUCCCUUGAUAGUUGGUGCUGAAGUAUCAUAUUGAUGUAUCUGUGCUGCCAUAUAUCACAACAUAUGCACUUGUUCUAAAUGGUACCAGCAUACUAAUAGUUUUGGGAACUAUCUUCUGCUGGAGUUGUUAUUUUAUAACAUUCUUGUUACUUCCCUGUAAUAGAAGGGAAGGGUUUUACAAAAUCCAAAAUUAUUGUAUCUGUUUCAGUGAGUCAGGAUGACUGUCUUUGGCAGUGAUAAGACGUUCGGAGGUUGUGAGUUUAUUUUACACAUUGAAGUUAUUAUGUUGUCACUAACUUUCAGGUCUCUUUGGUUUUCUGACAACAGGUACCUUUAUUACUCUGAACAUGACCAUCCUAUGCACACCUUAAACAUUAUUAAUUUCAGGAUUUUUUUCUCAUUUGCAUUUUAUUUGUGUCAUGAAAAAAUUAGCAAACAAUACUCCAUUCACACUUUUAAUGUAUAUAGUUUUAUUUCUUUCUUUUGAAGUGUUCUGCACUAUAAGGUGAAUUAAGACACUGUUGCAUGGAAAAAUACAUCUGUUUAUGAGAUUUGUGGCUGAACACGGCCAGGGAUGCUGAUGUAACUUUUCUUGUGUCAUUUUUCUAAACCUAAAGGUACAAAUGUAGUGGUCCAGAUUCUGAACUAUGUUAGCAUUUUGUUUUUAUCAUUAAGAUUCAUUUUACUGUUAAAUAGUUCCUUACUGGACCACAUGCUGUGAGGUAUUGCUUGUGAUCUCCAAUGGUCAUGAAAAUAUCCAAACCGGUACUGUCAUUUCAGCUAACCUUUUAGAAGGUACAGAUCUGAAGUAAUUUAUUAUUUUCAUGUAGUAUGAAACUCACUCUUAUUAUUUUUUUAUUUUCUUUAAUAAAUGUUCAGAGCUCUCCCCUCCACCUUUCUUUUCUGUUUUUCUUCUCUUCUAAGCUGUGCUGUAGGGAAUACUGUCCAAGACUCGAGUGGCAUACAUGUGCAAUUUUCAGAGGAACUAGUUAUAGAUGUUGUAGUAAAUUGUGUUAGGUUUAGAUUUAUACACAUUUUUAUGAAUAAAGACAUUGCAACUUCAAA